CGCCUGGCCCCGCCCCCGCGGCCCUGCCCGGGCUCCGCAGCGAAUGAGUGGGCGCACCACGGGGGCGCAGAGGGAGGCCGCGAGGGAGAUAAGGGUUCGCGGGGUGCCGGCGGGGACGCGCUGCGGCUGGGCGCUGGUGGGGCCGGCCCCUGAGCGUGUCGUCGCGGGAGGAAUCCAGGUCCCGGGCCGCGGCUGUCCCGAGAAUGCUUUCCGUCGGCACAAACAUGGCUGCGGCCCUGCGAGCUGCGGGCGCCCUGCUUCGCGAUCGAAUGGUGCCUGGCAGCUCAAGGGCCGGUCAGCCGUGGAGGUGCCAAUCAGAAGCAGCCGCAGCAGCCGCCGCCGGCACAGAAACAGCCCAACGCGCCAGAAACCCAAAACCUCAAGUCCAACCAGGGAAGAGGAAGCCGAAAACUGGAAUAUUAAUGCUAAACAUGGGAGGCCCUGAAACCCUUGGAGACGUUCACGACUUCCUCCUGAGGCUCUUCCUGGACCGAGACCUCAUGACGCUUCCUAUUCAAAAUCAGCUGGCACCAAUCAUCGCCAAACGCCGAACCCCCAAAAUUCAGGAGCAGUACCGCAGGAUUGGAGGCGGAUCCCCCAUCAAGAUGUGGACUUCCAGGCAAGGAGAAGGCAUGGUGAAGCUGCUGGACGAGUUGUCCCCGCACACAGCCCCUCACAAAUACUAUAUUGGAUUCCGGUAUGUCCAUCCUUUAACAGAAGAAGCAAUUGAAGAGAUGGAGAGAGACGGGCUUGAAAGGGCUAUUGCUUUCACACAGUACCCGCAGUACAGCUGUUCCACCACAGGCAGCAGCUUAAAUGCCAUUUACAGAUAUUACAAUGCGGUGGGAAAGAAGCCUGUGAUGAAGUGGAGCACCAUUGACAGGUGGCCCACACACCCUCUCCUCAUUCAGUGCUUUGCAGACCACAUUCUGAAAGAACUGGACCAUUUUCCACUGGAGAAGAGGAGCGAGGUGGUCAUCCUGUUUUCUGCUCACUCACUGCCAAUGUCCGUGGUCAACAGAGGGGACCCCUAUCCUCAGGAGGUGGGCGCCACUGUCCAGAGAGUCAUGGAGAAGCUGGGUUACUCCAACCCCUACCGACUUGUCUGGCAGUCCAAGGUUGGUCCGAUGCCCUGGCUGGGGCCUCAAACAGAUGAGACUAUCAAAGGGCUUUGUGAGAGGGGCUGGAAGAACAUUCUCCUGGUGCCGAUCGCAUUUACCAGCGAUCACAUUGAAACACUCUACGAACUGGAUAUCGAGUACUCUCAGGUUCUAGCUAACGAGUGUGGAGUUGAAAACAUCAGAAGAGCAGAAUCUCUUAAUGGAAAUCCAUUGUUCUCAAAGGCCCUGGCUGACUUGGUACGCUCACACAUCCAGUCAAACGAGCUGUGCUCCAAGCAGUUGACUCUGAGCUGUCCGCUCUGUGUAAAUCCCGUCUGCAGGGAGACCAAAUCCUUCUUCACCAACCAGCAGCUGUGACACCUGCCAGAGGACCCCGUGGGAUUAGGCAAAUGCCCGACCUCCAGACACUGAGGCCACAGAGGAGGAUGUACUUGGAGAUCAAAGAAGGGGGUUACAUGCGUAUACGUACAGCCUCUGGCACAUCAUGUGAUUCCUUGAGGAACAGACUCUGAAAUCCGGAUUGAGGGUUUUCUAUUUUUAUAUACAGACACAGUGAGCAUUUAUAUUCCCUCUCUGUGGGUAAAGUUACUAGUUGGGAAUGGCCACUAAGCUCUUUGAAAAAUGAGUUUUAAAAAUUUAUCUUACAAAACGCACACAUAUUUUAAAUACAGAUUUUAGUUUUGUUGCCCAAAGAAAACCACCUGCAAGGGUGUUACGAGUCUCCUCUGGGGACUGUCAGAAUGAAGGGCAUCUGUUUACAGUCUUGUCCGUAGAGUUUUUUUUUUUUUUUUUUUUGAGAACAUAAUUGAAUAAAUGAAAUAUAAUUUGAAAAAGAGGUGUACCUAACCUUUCCUAAGCCUGUGGGUUACAGAAUGCCGGGGAGACCGUGUGGUCGCCUGCAAUGGCUGCUUUUGCCAGUGCUGUUACUGUUACUGGUUGUUUUAAUACUUGGGUGUGAACCUCACUGUUCCUCACCAUAAAAGCAAAUCAAGGGCAGAUUCCAAAAGUGCUCUUGAGAUUCCCCAGGCACACAAGGCUAAUAGAUGUGUAGAAAUCCAGCGCCUGUCGUCCGUGCCUUGGUGGGAAUCUGUGUGCCCCAGGAAAGGGGGCUCCUGCUGCUUCCUGUCUCCAAGGACAGCCCUGCUGGGAAACGCUAAUUAUCAGCUGCAUCUCCCGGGGGCCCCCCCCCCGUCAACCUUUCCAUCAGGCUUCUUCUUUAUCUUGGUUGAACGUCUCCUUUCCGCAUGUUUGUUUGAAGACUUAUUUUGUAAAGUCAACCAUGUUUUAUAACCUUGAAUUCUUUCUUACCUUACAAUGUUUUAUUUCAGAAAUUAUAUAACACGCUAUAGGAAAUUUGAAAAAUAGAGAAAACAAAAAUAACCAUCCUAAUACAACAACUAUUCAUCAUAUUGUAUUUCCUGUCAGUCUUUUCCUGUGGAUAUUUUUAAGGCCGUUGUAACCUUAAAUGUGUGAGUGAAAACUUGUUCUAAAAAAUGUAGAAAUAAUGUAGGAUCGGAGUUUGGUUUUCUAUACUUGGAUUUAAAUGGAUUAAAAAAAAUCACUGAUGGAUCCAUAAUGAAUUCGU